CCAUUACUUUUUUCCCUUCGAUUUAUUUACAAUUGCUUAAUUUCUAUUCUCUAUUCUCUAAUUUUUUUUUUUUUUUAAAAAAACCUUCAAUCGGCGGUCUUAACUUUAAGCCGCCCUUCACCACCGGCGGCAUCUUCUUCUUCUUCCCAAAUCGACAUUUCAGUGCCUCUCUCGGGAAGAGGGAGCUGGAAUCAUGAUCUUGUAGAACGCCAUUUACGAGUCCAGUUACUGGCUAUGGCUACAGAAAUGGAGGCUUCUCUAUCAGGGGACUCAGGUCCCAGCUCAGAAGCAGGUCCCUCCCAUUCCCACCCGCCCGGACCUCACCGCUUUCCUCUUGCCGCUCAGCCGGAGAUUAUGCGAGCAGCAGAAAAGGACGAUCAGUACGCCUCGUUUGUCUAUGAUGCUUGUCGCGACGCUUUCCGCCACCUCUUUGGCGCUCGGCUUGCCGUGGCAUAUCAGAGUGAGACAAAGCUUCUAGGACAGAUGUUGUAUUAUGUGUUAACAACUGGCUCGGGACAGCAAACACUUGGUGAAGAGUAUUGUGAUAUCAAUCAGGUUUCUGGACCUUAUGGACUUCCUCCAAAUCCAGCAAGACGUGCUCUUUUCAUUGUAUACCAGACAGCAGUCCCGUAUAUUGCUGAAAGAAUUAGCUCUAGAGUAGCUUCUCGUGGCAUCAUGCUUGCUGAUUCACUGUCUGACGAGUUCUAUGGAGAAAAUGCAUCAGGAGAUGCAUCUUCUCAGUCUUUAGUAACCAUGGAAUUUCAACCUUCUUCAACCCCAGGGUCUGCUUCUUACGUAAUGAGAUUGAGGGCAAAAAUUAAUCGAUUAUGGCUGCAGACAGUUCGAUGCUGGCCUUCGGUUUUGCCUCUAGUUCGUGAAUUUUUGCAAUUGGCUCUUCGUACAAACCUCAUGUUUUUCUAUUUUGAAGGAUUGUAUUAUCAUAUAUCCAAACGAGCUGCAGGCAUUCGCUAUGUGUUCAUUGGAAAGCCAUCUAAUCAAAGACCCAGAUACCAAAUACUUGGAGUGUUUUUACUGAUUCAACUUUGCAUCAUCGCUGCCGAAGGCUUAAGACGUAGUAGUUUAUCAUCUGUCUCCAGUUCAAUCAACCCGACAUCGUUUGGAGCAAAUCCUAGUUCAUCAGGUCGUGGUCUGCCUGUCUUAAAUGAGGAAGGUAAUUUAAUAUCGGUCGACGGUGACUCUGGAAACUGGGUCUCUGAUCCUUCACACUCUGAGUCUAAUACAGGCAGUGGAAUAAGCAAAUGCACCCUGUGUCUAAGUAAUCGCCAACACCCAACUGCCACAACUUGUGGCCAUGUAUUCUGCUGGAACUGCAUCAUGGAAUGGUGCAAUGAAAAACCUGAAUGCCCACUCUGCAGAACUCCCAUUAAUCAUUCAAGCUUAGUAUGUCUAUAUCAUUCAGAUUUCUAAUGGAUGGAUCGGAUCUCAAUUACCUUCCAUUGUGAUCGCAUUAGAAAGCUAAGCUUCCCUUUAAAUGAUAACUUUAUUCUUUAUUCUCUUCUUCUAAAUUACAAAAUAAAAAAAAAAAAUAUAUUUCACAAAUGUAGUUUUUAGAGAGAGAAUAUUAUAAAUACCUAGAUAUUCCCCCGUUGUUUGUAUCUUUUCCCAUCUUAGGUCAUGUUUACUCAACUUUAAUAGAAAGUGGUGUAAUCGUAAUGAAAUUUCAUUGAUGGAUUAAUCGUAAUAAGUCUAAACCGCAAAACAUAAUUGGAUUGUUUUU